AUGGUAAGACAUCUAGCCCGUAUUGCAUCUAAUCAUUGUCCUGUUAUGUUAAGGAUAUCUUCUCCUAUUGCUCAUAAAAAUUGUAAUCUAAGGUUUAAAGAUACUUGGUUAUCUUUUCCAGCUUCUCAAUCUGUGGUUUGGUUUGCUUGGAAUAAACCAUCAGGAGGCAAUGCAGACACUAUUUUGAAUAAUAAAUUCAGGCGUUCCUUAAAAGCUCUGUUUUUUUGGAAUAAAGCCAAACAUAAAAGCUUAACUGAGUUGAAGAUUAGUUUAAAAAAGGAUAUUUUGGAGCUCCAAGAAGAAGAAUCAUCUACAGGAGGUAUUUCUGAUCAGAAAAUUGAUCUGUUGAGAUCCAGGGUUCGGGAUUUGAAUGCAACGCUUGGACGUUUAUGCACCUGGUGGAAGCAAAGAUCCAAAAUGCGUUGGCUCAAAGAUGGUGAUAGUAAUUCUAAAUUUUUUCAUGCUUCUGCAACAGUAAGGAGAAAUAUUAAUUGGAUUAACCACAUUAAAAACGAUGCGGGUUUGCUGAUUGAAAAUCAGGAUGAAAUUACUGAGGUGUUUUUGAAUUUCUUCAAAAACAAAUGGAGAAGUAGAGUAUGCUCUUUGGAUGAUUGGCCUCCAUGUUCAAAAGCCAUUGUUGCUGUAGAUUUUAUAAUGCUUGACAGAGAUUUUUCUUGA